UAAUGUGCUGCUUGUUGUGUACUACUGUUGAUCCGCGCAGGUGUUUGUCUAAUAAAUAUUCCUUAGGAUAGUUGUUUUCUUUAUUUCUUCACAACCUUUAUUUUGUAUUUUAUUGGCAAGUGAAAGUAGUUGGUUGAAGUGCGGGUCAGCGCUAAUGUUCUGUAAGGACGCUUUGGUGGUAUUCGUCCUUGACCGAUUGAGCAAGCAGCACGAGACGAGACGUAGUUACGGUUUGAGCUCGCGCUGUGCCGUGGGCUGCGGCGCGAGCUAGAUAGCGAGCGAGAGAGGGAGAGCGCGAGCGAGCGCGCGUGCGUGCAUGCCUGUCUGUGUGCUUGUGUGUAUGUUCGCGUGUGUUUAAACAUGGAGAAAACGUUGCGUGUUUGGCCAGGAGGAUUGGCUUACUAAAGUAACGUCUGAACUGAAAAAGUCGCUGAAAUAUGAAUGUGUACAGGGUUACUUAGCGGUGGAGUUCACGCUUUUUAUUAACUGUUUGAAUUAGGGCUGUGCGAGUCUCGCGCUGUGCUUCUUCAGACAGUUUGACGGCUGUUUUUUUCUGAUCCUGUUUGCGAUUUUACAGUCAAUGCGCGCGCGUGUUGUGUGUGUGUGUGUUAAUUAUUUAUUUAAAAAAAAAAAAAACUUUUCCGUGCAUCUGUUUUGUGUUAAAUAAUGACUCGCAGUGGAGCUGUCAGGGCUGUCCAAAGCGGACGCUUCAUGUUACUAAUUUGGUAGUUCACACAGCUAACAGCCUUCGCAGUCACACUCGAGGUUUUUACUCCACUUUGCCAGUUUUCAGCUCACGCGCCGUAAACACGCCUUUAUACAACUCUUUAGCUCAACCUGUUGCCGAAGUGAACACGUUUCCAAAAAAAAAAAAAAAAAAAAAAAAAAACACGGAAAAAGAGCAGAGCCGUUACCUUGGCAUUCAACGGCUCGCGAUGAUCCACAACUGUUUUUAAGUUGACUUGGUCGAAAUCCAAACGGCUCCGCGCGCCCUACUCACGCGUGCUGCGCUGACUAUUAGAUAACGCGCGUGUACGCGUUUAAGUAGCGCGCUUUAUGCCCAAUAAAAGCCACGCAUGCUUUACUGCUUAUACAACUGGAGACCGACAUACGUUUAUAUCACUCAGAUGAUCUAGAUUUUCCUCUCAUGACAAAUGCACGAGCAGAUAUUUUGUGCUUUUUUGGGGCUGCGUUGUUAUUAGCGUGGGACUGGAUCUUUUGCAAACUGGUCGUGCACUAGACUUUGGCAUUUAACACGAGGGUCAUAAAUCAGUGUUGGUGAAGGCGCCGCACACGCUUGCUAUUUCUCCAGCAGAGCUGCGGGUUGUUCGGCAAACACUUCGGACACUAAUAUCUAUAUGUAGAGUUCGGAAUCGUAUUAGUGUAGAAAACUGCAUGGGGCUGACAUGUGAUACAAGCACGCGCGCGCCGUGUCCGCAACAAACAUGUAAACAUUUGAUUUACGAAUGGACAAAUCUAGGAAUGUCUCGCCAAACAGUUCAGUGUUAGAAAGUCGCUGGAGAUAUUUCCAUGAAAGUUCCUAGGGUGUUUGUUUUUAAAUCCUCACGAGUUAAUUCUCAGGUAUUGGAGGACAAUGCCUGUAUAUCUGAAUGUUUCCUCUGCUCUGAACACACCUUAUUCAACUAAUCCGCUAAUUAACAGUCGAAGUGGGUGUGUUAGAGCAUGGGAAAAUAAACCAGUGAAACGUGCAAGGCGCGCACGGGGCACUCCAGGACCAGGGCUGGGACCAUGUGAGGUAGUUGAUAGGGGCUCGUUACUACGCGGUCAGAUCGAUAUUAUACACUUAGUGACAUCUUGUGGUCUCAAAACAGCAGGAAGAGAUUAGAAACAACAGAAAGUGAGAAAGUACUGAUUUGGGACAGACUGUGUACAGUGGGAUGACCAAAGUACGGUGGUUUUCGAACUGAAAGUGCCAUGACUUCAUCCCGCCUUUGGCUGCGUCCCAAACUGCAUGCUAAGUAAAUGGGCUGUCAAAAUCGAAUACCGCCGGUUGUCACCAUGGUAACACGUGGUCCCGUUCUGUUUUGACCAUCUAUAAUUCACUUUCUCCUUUAUUGCCAAAAAUCUGAGUCUUAUUGUCCAAGAAAAGUUCUGUGUAAGUGAAAUCUGACUUGGCUAAAAAUAAUAAUAAUAAUAAAAAAAAUUUGCUCCACUUGAAGCAAAGCAGUGAAUUGAACAGGUACAGGGCGGGAGGCAACAAGCAUCAAAUUCGUGGUAGAUAAUGCAAAGAUGAAUACACAACUGUUCAGUGUGUGUAGUCUGUAAAGUAGCCUACAGCUGGUCUGGAGAAUAAAGUUCUGAACAUGUCAGUAUGUGCAAAGAUCUUGACAAAAUGUCUUGUGCAGCAGACAGCUGCAUCCAGUUCACACGCCAUGCCAGCGACGUCCUGCUCAACCUGAACCGGCUGCGCAGCAGAGAUAUCCUCACAGACGUCACCAUUCUGGUCAACAGACAGCAGUUUCGUGCCCACAAGACUGUCCUCAUGGCAUGCAGUGGGCUCUUUUACUCGAUAUUCACGGACUCUCUAAAAUGCACCAUGAACGGCAUCAAUCUGGACCCAAAGGUUGACCCAGAAGGCUUUGCAAUCCUCCUGGAGUUCAUGUACACCUCCCGUCUUACGCUGAAGGAGAGCCUCAUUAUGUCAGUCAUGAACACGGCUAUCUACCUGCAGAUGGACCACGUUGUCGACACCUGCCACAGAUUCAUUAAGUCUAGUGACUCCUCAAUCAAACUGCCCAGAGAGGAUUUCCUGGUUAGCCCUCUGCUUUUACCUCAAGAUGUUCACGCUUACAGGCCACAUGAGGUUGUGGAGAACAUGGCAGGACGAUCCGGCUCUUUCCGUGACGGAAGGUCUUACGGUGCCAUGUUUAACGGAGUGAACACUCCCAGCAGCUCCUAUCAUGUUUAUAGCCAGUUCCCCAUGCAGGCUUUCCCUUUCCCUUUGUGUAAGCUGACCGACACCAAAAACACUUUCCCCGACUUUGCCAAAGGAGGCGUCCUCCAACACAAACACUGUCCACCAGGUGACGACUUCGCACGCAGCUCCAACACCAGCCACUCGAGCUCAUACCACUCUGAUGCCUAUUCGUCUCGGGUGCUGGGGAGGAACGACGAAACGAAAAGGGAGAACCUGCAAGGCUUGGCUCAGUCCGUUAUGAGUUCUAGAAAGCACGGAUUCGCCAACCUGGCCCAGGAGCAUCAGAGAGACACGGGCAAAGAGCAGUCUCCUUCGGUUGAAGACGAGCUGAGCCAGCAGCACUACGCUGGGGGUAUGGCCUCCAGUGGGCGCAAGGGUCUGAUUGGCAGCCCGCAGAGCCCUUUAAAAUCUGACUGCCAGCCCAAUUCACCCACAGAAUCAAGCAGCAGCAAGAACGCCGCACUCUCGCAUGCCUCUCAGCCUCCGACUCCACAGGGCACGCAGGACCCGAAGGCUCGCAACUGGAAAAAAUAUAAAUUCAUUGUUCUCAAUCAGAGCACCAAGGAGGAAGAGAGCGGCACUCAUGAACCCGAGAUGCGAUCGCCACAGAGGCUGGCUUUUCAUCCCUCAUCAGAAUCUGAGCAGCCAGACAUACAGCCUGCCAGCACAAAGAUAACUGACCAUGGAGAUGACUUCACUGUGCCCCAAGCCAGCCGCCUCAACAAUAUCAUUAACAGAAGUCUGGAGAGUUCACAGAGGAACGGUGACAGCCACUCUUCUCUUUAUAUGAGCCACUUAAAGUGCACAUCAUGUGGCUCACAUUCCCCACAACACUCAGAUGUUUGUCCCAACACUCCCGGAUCGCGCCUUAAUGAGGAGAUGGCCGAGCUGCACUCUGAGUAUUCCGACUCCAGCUGUGAAAACGGUACCUACUUUUGUAACGAAUGCGACUCCAGAUUUGCAGAGGAGGAAAUUUUAAAACGCCACAUGCUUCAGGUGCACAGCGACAAGCCAUACAAAUGUGACCGUUGCCAAGCAGCAUUCCGCUACAAAGGAAACCUCGCUAGCCACAAGACGGUACACACAGGAGAGAAGCCGUAUCGAUGCAACAUCUGCGGCGCACAGUUCAAUAGACCAGCUAACCUCAAGACCCACACGCGCAUCCAUUCUGGAGAAAAGCCAUACAAGUGUGAGACCUGCGGGGCUCGAUUCGUUCAGGUGGCUCACCUGCGUGCCCACGUCCUGAUCCACACAGGAGAGAAGCCAUAUCCCUGCGAAAUCUGUGGCACACGAUUCCGGCACCUGCAGACACUUAAGAGUCAUCUGCGCAUACACACAGGAGAAAAACCUUACCAUUGUGAGAAAUGCAACUUGCACUUUCGCCAUAAGAGCCAGCUUCGGCUGCACUUGCGACAGAAGCACGGUGCCAUCACCAACACCAAGAUCCAGUACCGGGUGUCCACAGCAGAUCUGCCAGACUUGACCAAGGCCUGCUGAACACACACACACACACACACACACACACACACACAAACACACACACACACACAAGGGCCAAACCACAGCAUUUUCUGAGCCCUACUUGGACAAUCAUCUGAAACUGUAGUGCCACACUGUGUUGAUCAGACAAGAAGAAGAAGAAGAAAAAAAUCAAGGCAUUUAAUGCCAUUUUACGGGUUUCCUCUAUAUGUGAGCAUAGAACCACAUAAGGUCUCUUGUCACUUUAUUGUUUAUAUUUGCAUAUAAAUAUACAGUAAUGUUGAGUGUUUUUAAGCUUUCAGUUAUUAAAAAAAGCUUUAUUUUGUUGAAGAAAAAAAGGAGGAUGGAAUGUAAAAAAUUCAAAUUAAAUUUUUGCGAAUACAGUAUUUUAUAUCAAAGAAGUUACUUUUCGGAAAGUAUUGGCAUUUUAAUUGAAGUUCGGUAUAUUUUAUGGCAGUGCAAAGACUUGUGGCCCAAAAUUAUUAUGUGUACAGGAUACACCACACUAGAAUGGCCUCCUUUACAAAAUCAAAUCUUGGCUGUGCCUGUAAUUGGGUUCAUUUGUAUAUGAGAAUAAUGGCUGCUCUCAAAGUGUAAAACAUUGCAUGAGGUGGGUUGCUACUGGUCAACAAUCAUCAAAGUAAAGAACUGCAAAGAAGUGUGACAUAAUGCAUAGUUAUAUUCCCAAGAUUGCGCUCUGCUGGCAGAACCAAUCUUUCUAAUUAAAUAUGAAAAUAUGCAUUAAAAACAGAUACUGCUAUGGUACAACAGUUAUUUCACUUCAGUUGUGUUUUUGUAUAGAAAUGUGACUAUUUCUGUUAGAAAGUGAAGGUUUACAUUUUUGUCAUUGUUCUAGAAGCUACAGUAAAGGUUGUAUUACUGCGCUUUUUGCCCUCUUUACGUAUACACACUGUGUAUUCAAGGUGCCUUUCUCAGUGGUGACUGAAUUGUUUUCUGUUACUCUGCUAAGGUACAACUGAAGGACAUCACUUGUCCUGUUUUUUUUUUUUUUUCCCCCAUUUCAUGUGUGUACAUGUUUUGUUUUUUAAACAUGCUUUUCUCUGGUUCAAAUGUCAAAGAAAAAAAAAAUCAAAUUCAUUAUUGCUUGAGCUGUGCAUCUUUAGGACUCUUUUUUUGGGAUUGGGCUUUUUCUAAAAUGCAUUAAGCUAACUGUAUAUGUGUAUGAAUGUAAAAUAAAACAAUUGAAUUUCUAUGUAAAA